ACAGCCUCCAAAAACAGUAGAAAGCAAAGAAUAAAAAGCAAAGUGAAAAACAGAGGAGAGAGAAACAAAAGUGAGACACAGUUUUUUUUUUUACUUUCUAGAGAGAGAAAACUGAGAGAUCCAUCAUCCAACGGCAAUCAAUGGGGUGAACCACCAUGGGAUCAUACUCAAGCAUUCAACUGGGUUUCUUCUUAAACAUCAUUUUCUGGUAACUUUUAGUUGAAAGGUGCAUAAUCUCAUUUUGUGUGUAGUGAAAUUCAGUGCUGGCAUUGUGAAAUUGAGAUAGUUUUUUGGUGUGAGAAAUGGCGAAAAGUAAAGACAUGUAUUCUUGGUGGUGGGAUAGCCACAUUAGCCCAAAGAACUCGAAAUGGCUCCAGGAAAAUCUAACAGAUAUGGAUAGCAAAGUGAAAACAAUGAUAAAGCUCAUUGAAGUAGAUGAAGACUCUUUUGCAAGGCGAGCUGAAAUGUAUUAUAAGAAACGUCCCGAGCUAAUGAAAUUAGUUGAGGAGUUUUACCGUGCGUACCGUGCUUUAGCUGAAAGAUAUGAUCAUGCUACGGGGGUAAUUCGCCAGGCACAUACAACAAUGGCAGAAGCAUUUCCUAACCAAGUCCCGUUCCUUAUGACUGAUGACGGGCCUGUGAAUGGAACUAAUAAUGAUUCGGGCCCCCGUACACCCGAAUUACAGGCUCCUGCACGGGCUUCACUUGAUCCCGUUGAAUUACAGAAGGGUGCAAUGGGUCUAUCUUCAUCAAAUGGGAAUUUCACAGGUGAAGCUGAUACUCUAGCUGGAAGAAAGGGAUCGAAGCAACUGAACGGGUUAGGGAAAGCAAGAAAAGGCCUGAAUUUUCAAGAAGCGGAGGAGAGAGAAAUCGUGAAAAAGAUUGAGAAGCAUAUUUUUGAGAAUAAUGCUAAUUUGUCUGAAUCUGAGAGAUUAGGAAGAUCUGAAGUUGACAUUCAAGCUUUAAAAGAAGCCCUUGUUAAACUAGAAGAUGAGAAAGAAGCUGGUGUUCAUCAGUAUCAGCAGACUGUUGAAAGAUUGUCGAAACUUGAGUCUGAAGUUUCUCAAGCAAAGGAGGAUUCUCAAGGAUUCAUUGAACGAGCAAGCAAAGCCGAAGCUCAAGUUCAAUGUUUGAAGGAAUCCCUGCAAAAAGUUGAAGCUGAAAGGGAAGCUUGUUUACUUCAGUAUCAGCAAUGUUUAGGUAGGGUAUCCAACUUGGAGAAAGCAGAAACAGAAUCUGAGGUAUUGAAAGCAGAAAAAGAAGGUCUUCUUGUUAAGUAUAUGGAGUGUUUGGAGAAGUUAGCUAACUUGGAGAACAAGUUAUUGUUAGCUGAGGACUAUGCCAGUAGAACUAGUGAAAGAGCUGAUUUAGCUGAAAAGGAAGUUGAAUAUUUAAGGGAGACAAUAACCAGAUUAACUGAAGAAAAGGAGGUUGCUGUUCUUAAACACGAGCAAUGUUUGGAAAAGAUAGCGACUUUAGAACGUGAAAUUGUUCUCAUUCAGGAAGAAGCUGAAAGGCUCAAAGCUGAGGUUGAAGAUGGGGUUGCUAAGUUAAAGGGAAGUGAAGAACAGUGCUUCUUGCUGGAUAAGUCAAAUGAUUCUUUGCAGUUGGUAGUGAAAUCUUUAGAACAGAAAGUGGAUGUUCAAGAUCAGGAGUUAUGUGAGAAGCAGAAGGAAUUAGGUAGACUUUGGACAUGUGUGCAGGAAGAACGGAUGCGUUUUAUGGAGACCGAAUCUGCUUUCGAGAAACUCCAGAAUACGCAUGCAAAAGUCCAGGAGGAGCUUAAGUCUGUUGCUGUUGACCUUCAUAAGAAUGUUCAACUUUUGAAGGAUCUUGAAAAACAGAAGCAGAGUUUUGAAGAUGAAGUUCAGAAGGUAAAAGAUGAAAACAAGAGCCUCAAUGAGCUUAACCAUUCCUCAUUUGUAUCAAUAAGAAGCAUGGAAGAAAUGAUCUUUGAGUUGAAGGAGGGAAAAGGGAAUCUGGAACAAGAACUCGAGGUUAAGAUUGAUCAGAGGAAUUCUCUUCAGCAAGAAAUUUUAUGUUUGAAGGAGGAAUUCAAUAGUCUGACCCAGAAACACCAAUCUGAUUCAGAAUCUUUUGCUUCAUCUGUGAAAGAGAUGAAGGAUGAGAACUCAGAACUCAAAGAUAGCUUAGCUACUGUGAACGAGAAGCUUCUGGUAAUGGAAAAACUUGUUGAAAAGAACGAGUUUCUGGAGAAUUCAAUGUCGAGCUUGAAGGUGGAGUUAGAAGUUGCGAGAAAGAGGGUAAAGGAGUUGGAGCAAUCUUUCCAGUUUCUUCUAGGUGAGAAGUCUACACUUGUUGCUGAGAAAGGUUUUCUGAUAUCUCAGUUGCAGAUUACAACUGAGAAUCUAGAGAAACUUUCUGAACACAACACUUUCUUGGAGAACUCUCUUUUCGAUGCCAAUGCCGAACUUGAAAUGUUGAAGGUAAAAUCUAAACACUUUGAAGAUUCAUGCAAGAUGCUUGAUGACCAAAAUAUGGCCCUUAUGACGGAGAAACUAGCUUUAACGUCUGAGUUAGAAACAAUGCACUGUAAGUUGGAAGAACUCGGGAAAACACAUGCAGAAUUAGAGCAGAGAUUCACGGGUAUGGAGGAAGAGAGAGAAUCCACACUCAAGAUGGUGCAAGAACUUCAGAUAUGCUUAGAUACUGAAAAGCAAGAACACGGUAACUCGAAUCAGUUGAAUAAGACCCGAAUGGCUGAUUUGGAAAACCAGGUUCAUGUUCUUGAAGAGGCGGGUGAUCAUAUGAGGGAGAAAUUUGAAGAAGAAUUAGAUAAAGCUGUGAAUGCUCAGUUUGAUAUCUUCAUCUUAAAAAAGUGUAUACAAGAUCAGAAAGAUAACAAUUCUUCAUUGCUGAAAUACUCUGAUAAACUUCUGGAAGCAUCCAAAUUGUCAGAGAAGCUUAUUUCUGAACUGGAAAAGGAGAGUCUUGAUAAACAGGAUGAAGUUCAAGUGUUGUCUGGUCAAGUUCAAGGGUUGAGAAUGGGGAUUUUUCAUUUGUUAGAUGCACUUGAAUCUGAUGCAGGUUGUUCAGUAGGUGGUGACUACUACGGCAAUGAGGAGGAUCAAAGAGUUGUUAACCUGAUACUUGAAAAACUCGAUCAUAUAAAAACAUCUCUGUAUAAAUCAUGGGAUGAAAAUCAAGAACUCGUUAUCCAGAAAUCUGUUUUUCUUUCAAUGAUUUGGCAGCUUAAACAAGAUGUAGCAGAAUUGAAUGCUGUUAUCCACACACUCAGACUGGAAGCUGAGAGCAGGAAUGGUGAAGUUACAGUACUCCAGAAAGAUUUACAGAAGCUUCUAGAAAGUAAUGAAGAGUUGAUUCUGAAAGUUAGGGAAGGAGGUGAGAAAGAAGUUGUUCUUCUCACUGAAAUGGAAGAACUCCGAGAAAUGCUGUUUAAUCUCCAGGUUGCUUAUGAGGAUUUACAGAAAGAGAAUUGUAAGGUUAUUGAGGAAAAGGGAACUUUGAUGAAGGCGUAUGAGAAUUUGGAGGAGGAGAAACACAACCUAGAAGAUGAGUGCUCUUGUAUGGUUGGGGAGGUAGUUGUUCUGGAAAAUCUGUCAUUUAUUUUCAAGAAAGUCAUAUCUGAGAAAUCAAAGAAAGUUCAAGAGUUGAGUUCGAAUAUAGAAAAGCUUUGCAAUGACAACAUUACCCUUGAGGAGAAAGUGCAAAUUGUAGAGAGGAGUUUGGAAGAUGCGCGGUGUAAAAACAUGAAUUUUGAGCUUUCGUUGAAGAAGUCAGAGAAUGAACUGAAAGAAGUGAGAACUGUAAAUGAUGAGCAACUUAAAGAAUGUGAAGAGCUUCAUGAACUUAUCGAGAAUCUAGAUUCACAGAUUUCCAAAAUGCAGAAAAAACACGAAGAAAGUGAGGCUAGAAUACGAAUUCUGACCUCAGAGUUGCAGAAGGGAAAAGACGAGGUCAAGUUAUGGGAGACUGUGGCAGGAACAUUUUUCACCGAGCUGCAAAGCUCGAGUUUCCGUGAAGCAUUGAUUAAGGAAAAGUUUUCAGAGCUUUUGAAAGCGUAUGAGAUCCUCGAAGAAGAAUGUAAUUCCAAAUGUGUGGAUGUUGUUCAGUUGAAAGAAAGAGUUGGGAGUUUGGAAGGUGAAAAUUCUGAAAUAAAGGCUCGUUUGGCUGCAGAUCUCUCUACCAUUAUGUCUCUGAAGGAUUCUUUGUUAUCUCUUGAGAAACAUGCUAAUUGGCACAAGAAGAUUAAUACAACUGACAAUGAAGAGAAAGAGGGUGUUGAAAACAGUCAAAACUUGAGUGAAGAUCAAACAGCUGCAUUUGUAAACUUGCAUGAUAUCCAGGCUAAAGUCCAAGAUGUGGAAAAGCUAGUUAUAGAGCUAAAACAGCAAGCAGAGGAGGAAAACUCCGGUGUCCGUUCCGAGCUAGACUCGGCAUUACGACAAAUCGAGGCACUAAAAAUCUCACGCCGUGGAAGUGGAAGACUAAGUAGGCCUCGGAAAACAAGCGCUGACGUGUCACCUCCAGAGGAGGAGCUUCUGAUGAAAGACAUAAUGCUUGAUCAGGUAUCAGAUUGUUCAUCAUAUGGCAAAAACAGAAGAGUUAUAUCAGGGUCAGAUGAUCAGAUUCUCGAGUUAUGGGAAACCAUUGACCAACAAGGCAGCAUUGACCUUACAGUGGGAAAACCAUGCAGAGUAAUUUCCAAUCUUGACUCUGUAAAAGAGAGCAGAAGUGGUAGACCUUCAACAGAAUCAUCAAUGUUGGUGGAAAAGGAAUUGAGAGUUGAUGAUCAACAAUUAAUCUCAAAAAAGAGGUUUAUCAAUAAUCCCGAGGAAGAAGAUGAUGGUAACAAGAGGAAGACCUUAGAAAGGCUUGCUUCUGAUGUUCAGAAACUAACUAACUUGCAAAUAACAGUUCAAGAUCUGAAAACAAAGAUGGAAAUGACUGAUUCCAGCAACAAAGGUAAAGGUGUUGUUGAAUGUGAUGGUGUGAAGGAACAACUCCUGGAAAGUGAGACUACAAUCUUGAAGUUGUUUGAAUACAGCGCGAAGUUAAUGAAGAACAUCGAGAAGUCGUCUUCUUCUUCAACAGCGUCGUCUUUUGACGGGUCGGUUACGGCGGAUUCGUCAGAAGGUGGUGGUGGGAAUGGUAGUAAGAGGAGGAGGUGUUUGGAACAAGCAAGGAGGAUUUCAGAGAAGAUUGGAAGGUUGCAGAUUGAAGUGCAGAAAUUACAGUUUGUGAUGAUGAAACUUGAUAAUAGUAACAAAGUAGGGAAAAGUGGGACCCGAGUAACCGAGAGGAAUACACGUGUACUGUUACGGGAUUAUCUGUAUGGUGGUUCACGGACUCCGCGCAGGCGGAAGAAGACUCACUUUUGUGGAUGUGUGCAGCCUCACACUAGAGGUGACUGAGGUUGGUUAUUUGGUGUUUUAACUUUUAAGGUUAGGAAUUUGAUCAGUAUUAUUAGCUUUUCUUGUAAUUUUUUUUCCCAUUUUAUUAGAACUUGUUAACUUACAUACAUAUAUUCUCUUUAUUUUUAUGGGAAAGAGAAUCUGGUGUACAAUUGCUAGGCUUUGUUUAGGGCUUUAUCUUGCAACAGGUUACUGCUUUUAGGGAUUGCUACUAAUUUUUUCCCUA